CAGAGAGAGGCCAUGGACGCGACCCUGCGUGCUUCUCCCUCCCUUCCGCCGAGACCACCCACCCCCCUAUAUAACCGCCCUCCCCCCGCCAGACCUCACAUCCCACACCCCGCAGCCAUCCGUUCACAGAGCCACCACAGCCACACCACCGCAACUCCACCAUCGUCAACGAGGAGCAGUGCGUAGCGACAAGUGCUGUUUGCCAUGGCAGCGAUGGAGAGCAAGAGCAGGAGGUUCGCGCUGGCGUGCGGCGUGCUCAGCCAGUACGUCAAGGCGGAGCAGAAGAUGUCGUCCGCCGCCGCCCCGCGCGCCCCGCCGCCCGCCACCACGCUCAGCCUCAUGCCCGGCGCCGACGUCGAACACGCGGCGGCGGCCGCCGCCGCUGAGGAGGCCGGUCCCGCCACGGCCACGGCGACCCCGCUGACCAUCUUCUACGGCGGCAGGGUGGUCGUCUUCGAGGACUUCCCGGCUGACAAGGCGGCCGAGGUCAUGCGCAUGGCCGCCACCGCCGGCGUCGAGCGCGCGGCGGUCGCCCCCGCCCCGGCCACGGCGCCGGCGCUCGCGGACCUGCCCAUCAUGCGCAAGGCGUCGCUGCAGAGGUUCUUCGAGAAGCGCAAGGACCGCCUCGGCGCGCGCGCGCCCUACGCCCGCCCCGCGCCGGCCAACAAGGACUCGGAGGAGAAGUCGGCGUCGGCGUCGGCGUCGUCGUCGUCCUCGUGGCUCGGGCUGGCCAGCGCCGACGGCGCCUUCGCCCUCUGAUCCCGGGUCCCUCGGGCGGAGCAAGACGGCUUGCUCGCCCCAAGAGAUCGUUUGUAGAGCGCCUUUUAAUGUAAUUCUUUGGAUAAAAAUUCGAUAGUAGGUAAAGGAAGAAAGAAAGGAAGAUUGAGAUCAUAGCAGUAAGCCUUUUUUGUUUGCUUGGUUGACGAUUCUUUUCGAUUAAUAACUUGCAAUAAAGAUUAAAGACAAUCGCUUCAAACGA